UGAAAAUUGUCACACAUCAGUCCCUUAUAGGCUUACAUUCAUUUUUUAUUUUAUUGAUUACAAAAUUCUGGAACUUUCCCUAAAACAUGUACACGGUAAGUUCCUCAUGGAGCAAGCAGUCGCAGCCAGGACGUUGCAAGUGCCACAUCCCGGGACACCGGGAUUGUGGAGAUGAUAAUGAUCAGAUGAUGGAAGAGUACCUUCUUCUGGACAUCGAGGACGUCACUGACAGUGUCAUGAAGGUGAUGCGGAUCUGUGGGCUGCGUCCCUGGGAGGUGAAGCGGAGUGAGAGGGUAAUCCGUAACUCCUUGACGCAUUACGAGGAGGUGCGGGAGCGGAUCGAUCGAGUGCCGAGGAAGCGCUUUGCCAAGGAGACCUUCCUACACGGGCUGGCCAAGGAGGGCCAGAUGAACAGGAUGGACGCUCAAAUGGCCUACGCCAUUGUCAAGCGGGCCUUCAAGGCUCUUUACUAUGGGACAGGACAGGGAGGAAAGCGGUACAUCUGCCUCCAAGCCGGCUUGGAGCACAACCAGGAGUGUCUUUGGUUGCAUGCAGCACGCCGCACUGCUGCGAUACACGCCGUUCUCACCGGAAUGAUGCACUCCGAGGAGCAGCAGUUUGAGGAGCGCAUCGAGUGCGUCUACAAGAACCUGUUCGAUGUCCUGCAGACAAGAGUCGUCUUCGCCGACAACUGGGUCUGUCACUGCCAACAGUACAAUAGCAAACCGGCCUCCACUGGAGUCUCUUCGAUGACCUUGGAAGUGGAAAUCCUCUACCAGAACAUGCAGCUGAGCAAGGGAACCUCCGGUGUGACCUCCCAGCGUGAUUUAGGCCAGGCAGCAGGCACGAUCCCACCCAGCUCUGCCCCCUCACGGCAUAACUACGGUCUAAAGAAGACCCAGAACAAAGCGGUAUCCCAGAAUGAGUCCAUGGACUUCAGUGCCAACUCCAUUCUUAGCCAGCCCAAGUGCAAGUGCCCCCAUUUGCGCUGUUGCCGCGAGGAGGGCGAGGCUCGCGAGACUCCGGAGAUUACGGCGGAGUGCAGCCAGGGACCCUACAUCUGUCGCUGGCUGCCGUACACCGAAGAGGACGAUAAGUUCGACGAGCACUGUGCUCCCUUCCCGCCCAUUGAGGAGGUGUGUCCACCUUGUGUCAACGACGAGAUCUCAUGCGACUCGGAGUGUACUUGCACCUGUCAGGUGUGCACGUGUCGCCCGCACUUCGACGGCGACGAUAUAGGCGAAGAGGAGAAUCUUGGCGAGAAGGCCUCCAAGAGCGGAGUGGAGGACUACGACACGGACUACUGCUGGCUGGCUCCGUUCCGGGGCAGCAGCAAGGAGAGAAUGGACAAAAAGAAGCUGAAGGCCGAGCCUGAGGUGGAACCGGUGAAGGUGGUCGCCGAGGCGAAGGAAGCCUUGUCCAAGUGCUGCUGCAUGUGCCGAUACAAGCGUGAGUUUCCACAUCUCUUCACUUACCUGGCGCCCUUCAAGGAAGAGCAGAAGAAAGAGCCAGAGCCCCCAGCAGAGGAAAUCAAAAUUCUCCAAUCCAGUGAAAGUGAGGAUCUGCUUUCGAAGCCACCUCCACCUGGUAUCUCCCCUGCGGGUUAUCGCUGCUGGGUAAAGUCCCAGCGCUCGCCAACUUCCAUAGAGCAGGUGGAGAGACCGCCACCGCAUUUGGUUUACCAUGAUCCCGAAAUAGAGGAAGCUGCAGCUCCUCCAGCCAAGGCUCAGAGUGCUCAGAAAAAGCCCACUAAGCCCCGUGCCACUGCGGCUGCUGCAGAUACUGUCAAACCGGAUGAAGGAAAGUUCACCAAAGAAGACAUUCUUAAAAUUAUCAACCUGAAGGCUGCCAACGAAUACAUGUUGUGAUAUUUUGAAAACAAGCCCUGUUACCAAAGAAUUAAGACUAUAAAUAUUGCCGGUCAAACCUGAGA